CGCGCUCGAGCGAACGGCCAGGUACUACUAAAUGUGAAGACCAAAACGCGAGCAUGCCACCCAUAAUACGACAGGAAGAGCGCAGCACCCAUCGACACCACUCGCUGUUCCGCUCAGAUUGAUGGCUCUCCCAUGAAGCUUGGCGACUUAUCCGCGAAGUCGACGAGCCUCCCGCCAGGCUCGCCCCGCGUGACGACUCGCAAGUGUGUGCCGCGUCCGCGUCGCAGGCAUUGUCGUCCCUGUCGGACGCCGAAGAAGAAGGACAAGAGGGCGAGCUCUGGCGAGCUUCUAGUCGUCGUCAUCGCGGUGCGAGAGCGUACGCGCACACCGACACCGCCGAGAUCCUCGGGCGAACCGCCUCGCAUGUGUUCCUACGUGCCUUCUAGAGGGUCACUCGCGAGCAUUCUAUGCUGCACCAUCUGCAGCAACUCCGUCUCGCGCGGCGACUGUUGUAUCCUCUCGCGCUCCGACCACCACGUACUCUCGCGCGCCAUCCGCGCUCUCGGGGCACACCGCCGCAUCUGCCCCGCUUACGCAUUUGCACUUGCGGUUUCCCUGCCGUGCACCGACGCCGCGGUAGGACCCAACGAAGAACAAUUUGCUGGGUAGCCCGUCACUGCGCGCAUCGACGCUGGGAA